ACAUCAUCCACUAACCGCAAACAAACAAUACUGCAACACACUUCUUUCCAUCAAAUGUUUUCACAGAAGUGUUUGUACAUCUUUCUUAACUGUUUGGGAAUUUAAUGCAUGGCAAAGGUCAGAUGAGUGAUGCGGUUAACAUCUUUACAAAGCAAAAGCUGCUGUAUAAAUGUUGCUCGUGGCCAGAGAACACACACACACUGACCCCAGUCCUGAGCUCCACCCACCUGGCUUCUGCAUCUGAGAUCAGGAUCUCUAUCUAGAUGAAUGUGUUGCUGAGGAUCUCUUCAGCAUGUGCACUUACAGCAGACGCUCCGGACCGUGAGCGCGAGCGCUUGGAUGAUGUCGCUGACGCUGGUCUGCGCGAUGUUGUGCGUCUCCGCGUGCGUCGCGUCGUGUCCGCUGCGCUGCGAGUGUUCUGAUGCUCAGCGCACGGUGCGUUGCGCGUCUGCCGCGCUCCUCCAGGUCCCCGACGCGAUCCCGAGCGACGCGAUCAUCCUGAUCAUCACCGGAAACGCGAUUCACAGACUCGACCACGGCGCGUUCAGCGGAAUGCAGAACGUCACACACCUGAACCUGAGCAACAACGGCAUUAUGGAGAUCGGCUCGCACACGUUCUCCUCUCUGCUCACGCUGCGUUCUCUAAUCCUGAACAACAACCCGCUGGUUCUGAUCCACCCCGAGGCGUUCUCGGUGCCCGGCAGUCCUCUUCAGGAGCUCAGCCUGCGCUCGUCUCUCUAUAACUACACGUCUCUGAUGGACCUCAUCACCGCCCUGCGCUGGGGAGAGCUUACAAACCUGCUACGCCUCGAUCUGUCGGGAAACCACCUCGUCCUCUUACCCCCGGGGAUGUUCGCUCCUCUUCCGAACCUGCGGCAUCUGCAUCUGCGCAACAACUCUCUGGUGGCCAUCUACAAUGGCACCUUCUCUGGCGUCGGGGAACUUCUAGAGCUGGACUUGACUGGAAACGCCUUUAGGACGAUCAGCGACGAGGGUCUUCGCGAGCUGGAGCGAUUCAUAGGAGUGCGUCUGAUGUUGGGACAGAAUCCUUACGUGUGCACAUGUGAAGCAAAAGAGAUGGCUAACUGGCUAAACAGUUCAAAGGUCAGGGUGGGCGAUGCGGACAGACUGUAUUGCAAGUUCCCUGCUGCUUUGCAUGACGUGUCUUUGCGGGGUCUUAGCGCGCAGGUGUUGGGGUGUUACGGUAAAGUGCACGAAGAGAUUACCGACUUGUCCCUACAAACUUCCUACGUGUUUCUUGGAUUAGUGCUGGGAUUCGUAGGUAUGGUCUUUAUCUUAGUUGUCUACCUCAACCGAAAGGGUAUCAAGAAAUGGAUCGCAGAAAUAUAUGAAGCCUGUCAAAAUGUGCUGGAAGGGUAUCAUCACCGUUUGGAGAUGGACUCUGACCCACGACUGGGGCCUGAUUCACACGGUCACCAGGGUCGGCCUCGAGUGGACCAGCGUUCGGCGCACAUCUCUACUGACGCCCAUAUCACACAGAUCCCAUCCGAUGUAACACUAUAACUGCACAAGGAACUCAUUUCUAUAGAAAUGUUUGUAGAUACAGUAUUAUGUCCUGAUAUUUCAGUUUUUAGCGAAGUGGUGUGCUAGACAUUUUCUAAAUGGACCAAACCAAGGUAAAUUAUUAGUUGAUUGGCAGAUACCAUUAAUUAGAGAGAUGUCUGACUGGUAACUGAUGCAAUGCCAAUAAAUGCAUGAUAUAAGCUAAUACAAUAUACAAUUUAAUUAGAAAACACACACUAAUGCAAGAAGAGUCAACAUAAAAACGAAUAAAGGUUGAAUUUGGGAAUGUGUCGUAUUACAGUAGUUUAAACAGACAUAGACUCUUAAAAAAAAAUUAAGAUUCUUUAUUGGUUUCAAAGGUUCAGUAUCUUGUUGUCUUGCCAAAUUUUCUAAAAGUUUCAAGGGAGCUCAAAGACGCACUGAAUGACUUCUCGUGUAGAUCUAACCCUAUUUGACUGAACUACGGUCUCCAUUAUAUUUCAUAACCUAUUCACCAGAUUGAAAAGCUCCUCUCCAUCACAUUAUUUGGUGCGGCCCACAGCAUUUGCUGCUACGGAUUGUGUCCUCGAUAUUUCGCCACGGUUGAGGAAAGGAGGGAAAUGAAGGGGUGUAUUGGGGGGAAGUGGGACACAGUGAAGGAUUUUGGGUGUAAUGUUCCCUGUGAGCACAUACCGGAUCUCUCUGUGUGCUUUAUAGAGCUUGGAACUAAUGACUGCAAUUGAUCAAGACCAAGACAGCCCAUAUUAAUCUGUGUCUCUGCUUUUGGCAAAGCAGUAUAUUACAGCAUGUUUGAAAAUGUGUGUGUGUGCAUAUACAGUAAUAACAUUUAAAUAUAGUCUACUAAAGGAAAUCUAAAAUGCUUGUUUCUACAUUAAGCAGUGUGAGUUUAAGAGAAUGCUUUUCAGAAAUCUACAUAAAAUGUUGUAUUUGG